AGGGACCUUUAACAAUGCAGGAAGUGUUACUGAAACUUACUGUUAACUAACAUGGCGCUAGAUGUAAAAACUAGAGCCAAGCGGUAUGAGAAACUAGACUUCCUCGGAGAGGGUCAGUUUGCCACAGUGUACAAGGCCAGGGAUAAAAUGACUGACACAAUAGUUGCUAUUAAAAAGAUUAAGGUUGGCCACAGAACUGAGGCUAAAGAUGGUAUAAAUCGGACUGCUCUUAGAGAAAUCAAACUGCUGCAGGAGCUGCAUCAUCCAAACAUCAUUGGGCUGUUGGAUGCAUUUGGACAUAAAUCAAACAUCAGCCUGGUGUUUGACUUCAUGGAAACAGACCUGGAGGUUAUAAUCAAAGACACUAGCCUGGUUUUGACUCCAGCCAACAUCAAAGCCUACAUCCUUAUGACUUUACAGGGAUUAGAGUACAUGCACCAACACUGGGUCCUACACAGGGAUCUGAAACCCAAUAAUCUGCUGUUAGAUGGCAACGGAGUGUUGAAGUUGGCUGAUUUUGGUUUGGCCAAAGCUUUUGGCAGCCCCAACAGAGUCUACACACAUCAAGUUGUUACCAGGUGGUAUCGCUCUCCUGAGCUUCUGUUUGGUGCCAGGAUGUACGGUGUGGGCGUUGAUAUGUGGGCAGUGGGAUGUAUUUUGGCAGAGUUGCUGCUUCGGAUACCUUUCCUUGCUGGAGACUCAGAUCUUGACCAGUUGGCGAAAAUCUUUGAGGCUCUUGGAACACCUAAAGAGGAGACAUGGCCUGGAAUGAGUGGUCUACCAGACUACGUGUCAUUCAAAAUAUUUCCAGGCACACCUCUGGAACACAUAUUUAGCGCAGCUGGAGACGAUUUACUUGAGCUACUGCAGGGCCUCUUUACCUUUAAUCCCUCAACAAGAACCACAGCUACUCAGGCUUUAAAGAUGAGGUAUUUCAGUAAUCGGCCAGGUCCAACCCCUGGUCCCCAGCUCCCUCGACCAAACUGCUCAGCUGAGGCUUUGAAGGAAAAGGAAACAGUUGGGCUAAAGCGAAAAAUAGAGGGCCUGGAGACAACUGUGACAAAGAAGAAACUCAUUUUCUGACCAGAUGGUACCCGAUCCGAGCUCUGCAUGCCUCAGCUGCAGCAUUACUCAGGAUUAUCGACUGGAAUGAAAUAAAGUUCGAAACAUUCUGAGGCUGGUUCAGAUGACUGAGACUUUUUAGAAGUUGUAGCCUUGGGGAUUGUGCCUAAAGGUUAGCUUGGAAUAUCCACGGAGCUGUUUAUGUCCAGCAGCUGAUGUGCAGACUGUUUAUGGUCAGUAGUGUUGGCUCUGGUUCUUCACUGAUGUCUAAACUAUUGGAGCCUGUUGGAAUAUUUUUAUUUAUGAGACUUGUGAAACAAACAAGAUACCAAGGCUGCUUUAUUUCAUGUAUAUGUAUUUUUUGUAUUAGACCAAUAAAUUGUUCAAGUGCACUUA